AUGGAGAUCCAUUCGGUUCUCCCUGAGGAACGGGUGAGAGACCCCAAGGGCGACACACUACCCUGGGGCUAUCGAUAUCCAGACUCCGCACGAAACGUCCGGCAGCCUGAAGAAAGUGGCCCAUUCGGUCGAAACCGCAGUCUCAGAACGACGGGAUCACGCACACCGCGCGCACGCACGGGCACCACGCCGGUGCGACAAAAGGAGAAUACCGCGGUUGCAGAGUUCGGGAGGCUAUUUGCACGAGAGCAAGCGAAAGAAGAGGAGCGAACAAAGACAACCGCGGGAGGCACAGGCACAGGCACAACAGGCAGUACGGUCGACACAACGCGGAUAGGCGAGCCGGAGGCUGUGCCCACGGAAUGCCUCCUCUACGGCUACGCUGGCAAACGCUCGGAAUGGAAGGUGCUGAGCAAGUUCGAAUCAGUCGUGUCGCCGGGGUACAUUGUCGAAGACUACCCGCGCGAAGACACGACGCUGUUUCUCUCGUCCAACUCCCCCAUGGGCCGCCUGGGGAGUCCGUCUGUGGUUGCGCGCCGCGAAAACCUGUCCAGAGAAGCCAUUCGCAAGAGCAGGAUCUACAGCGGCGGGGCACACUGGAUCAAAGUCACGUUUGACAGCUACCAGGCCGCCGAGAGGGCGUGCUUUUACUCCCCGCUAGAGAUCGACGGGUAUAUGGUGCACUGCGAGAUGUGGCAGGGCAAAGGACCGGGUGCGGACGUAGCCCUGCCGAGAGGUCCUGCAGGUCAAGAGCAUGUCGGGGCUGGACUGCUCGCGACGGGCGAAGGCGCAGGUCUCAAUCAAGGAGGCAGAGCACGCACAUUCAGCGCCGCAACGGGCAGGGAUUCGGCACUAGCAGGGUUCGAGCGCGCCAUGCAGACGUUACCGCGAGGCCACACGGUGCAGGAUACGCAGUACGGCCAGCCCGAGGACGAAUCAGCAUCUUCAACGACAGCGAGCUCGGCAACAGCCACCGCGGUCGACCAUCACGACCACCAACUCGAGCCUCUCCUUUCCCCAACGAUAGGCUCGAGUAGUACGAGCAGCCUGCGUUCGCGCUCCGUGCCCAAUCUCGCCAGCCAGGACAUCACAAGCCACCAGCCCGGUCGGUCCGAGUACAUGACGCACAUUAAGGUGAAGAAGGCGGUGCUGCGGCCCAUCUCCGAGGCCCUCCCGCCGCAGCCAUCGUUUGCAGAGCGCGCCAUCAGAGGUAUACCUGUCGUAGGCUCGCUCGUGGGGGGCGGCGCAGGAGGAGGGGGGGGCGUAGCGGCAAACAACAAGCAGGUCGGGUUGCAUCCGACAGCCGGGACGCUCCUGGGAGUCGAGGGUCCGUUGAUCAGAGAAGACGGUUCUUGGGAUCCAGCUAAUGGCUGGUACUGGUCGUUUUGGCGACGGAUAGACGAUUGCUUCGGCACGGACAUGUGUGGGAUCAAGGACGACUGA